AUGACAAGUGGCAUAUAUGUGGGGAAAGGAACAGUGAUCAAGUCGAAUAAUGAAAAAGAAGAAAUAGACGAUGCAGUAAUUCACUUCCUGGGAAUCGGCAAAGCCAGAAGAGAAAGUCCCUGCGAAAUAUGUGGGCACAGCUCUCAAAGAAUUGGGGUUGUAAUAACCUGCCUUGACUGCUUCCUCCUAGAUCACUCGAUCUAUGUCUACAAGUAUAGUGUCCCUUACUUGAAGUUGCGCCUCAAGAGGAGUGGAACUUGCACUGUUCACUCUUCCAAGCCGGCUGAUGAGGUUAUUCAGACAGCAUUUUCUCUCCUGGAGAAAAAAUCCUUCGGGAACUACAACUUUUUUUUCAACAACUGCGAGGAUUUUGCAACCUACUGCAAAACGGGUCUGGCCACAAGCAAUCAGGCAGCUGGGGUCCUAUUUGGGUUUAGCGUGCCUGGUGUUAUCGGUUAUAAUGUUUUGAAAGGCAUUUUCUUCAGGAAUUGAGAAAGAAUAAACUGAUGGAAAGACUCAAGAAAGUCAGGGAAAAGUUCCCGAUUGCUAUUUUCUUUAAGGCUAUGAAAUGUCAGUAAGUACUUGGUCACUUGGCUUGACUCAGGUAGG